GUUUAUUCUCAUACUCUUAGAUAAACAUUAAAUGUCAGAAAAUUUUGAACGUGCAUCCGAAGUGAGAGUUGCUUCAAAGAAAGGAAAACAGAACUCUAAGAAUGAGGAAAAACUAACACAUCCUUUAGUUGAUGAGAAUGAAAAACCCAAAGUAAUCAUGUCGCGUGCACAACGCCGCAAGCUCAAGAAAUCCCCUGUAGUAGUCACAGCCCAAAUGAGGGAGCAAGCACGUGAGGAUAAGCGUGAGUUACGCAAGUACUUGCGCAUGAUUAAGUCCAACGGAGCGCGGCGUAAGGUGUCAAGGUUAGCUGAAAAACGUAGGCGUGAGGUGGAUGACAACGAGGAAGCAAUUAAUGCUCUCGACUUUGAUCAUAGGCCGCUCAAGAAGGGAAGACGCUUGGAGUAGGCAAAAAAAUAAUCAGGAUUUUAGAUAUUACAUUCAUCGAGAUAUUAAGUAAGUUAUUGGUAUAUUUGAAAUUCAUAACUGCAUUGUGCCUAGAAUCAUUCGACUUAAGGUUAUUAUUGGUUUGAUUGUAUUGAUUAAA